AUGCGGGUCACAUCCCGGUCGCUCAACACGGUCUAUCCAUUAUUCACGGCUUACAAACAGUUCACACACGGCGGCAACUUCUGGCGCGACGAGUAUCUGCUAGAGCAGUGGGAUCGGCUUAUUCAACCCGUCAUCUAUCGAGACAAUACGUACCAUGGCUACAAGCUUCUGCGCCGCCUGGGCAGCUGUGAUUUCCUCACCGUCAAAUUUCUCCCCCGCGACGGAAAUAAUGAGUUGGCCAUGUGCAAGUAUAUCCAGAAGAACUGCACUAGCCCCUUUGUGUCGACGAUCCGCGAUCACUUCGUGAUUCCCCACCACCUGCACAACACUUCGCAGUCUCGUUUCGAGAAUGUGUCGUUCCAAGCCAUCGUGUACCCGACAACAGGAAUCUGCAUGGGCCGUGUAUACGAUGCACUCGAAAACCAUGACAAAAAUCCAAAUUUGCCGCUGACAUUGGAGCGCCGGCGAAAGUACAUUGGCCAAAUAGUUCAGGGCAUGUCCGAACUCCAUCGCAUUGGCGUGGUCCAUGCUGAUAAUGUCCAAGAUUUGCACCCCGGAAAUAUCGCCCUCGAUGCACCUAGCAAAGACGACAUGACGCGUCUCCUUGCCACGCCUCCCGCGGAGGACGACGUGCGCCUACAUGACGACAGUCUCCCACCGCCAUGGAUGCCGUGCCGGUCCACUGAGCCCGAGGAUAUCGGCUUCAGUCCCAGCGGUAUCAAAAUUAUUGACUUUGGUUUCUCCUUUAUCUCAAAACCUGGUGCCCUCUACACAUCCGACGACUUUCCCCCAGGGAACCCGGCGCCGCCCGAGCUCCUCGUUGGAGACAAGAGCACCAACCAGCCGUUCAAGGCUGACAGCUGGUAUCUCGGCCAGACGAUGUACUUUAUAUUGACCGGCGGAGGCCUCCUCUUCCGGCGUUCCAUUGGCUGUAACGAUGAGGGCUUGCUUGAGGAGGUUGUCUACGGUCUUGAUGCAUUACGAAGUGGCCAAAAGGAAAUUAUGAAUGAACUUCCUCAGGAUGUCAAGGAUCGAUAUAUGCCUAUUAUUCUGGGCCUGCUUGAGUUUGAUCCAGUCAAGAGGCUUGCCAUCCUCGAUAUUAAGCUAGACGACUGA